AUGCAUAAAAUGCUGUUCUAUCUUCUUAGCUUCGGAUGUAAAGCACCUGUAAAUUUUGAAAUCUCUGUAAAUCUUAUAAUCAUAAAUAGAUAGCAGAAAUCACAGAAAAUAGCAUUACUGUUGAAAUAACCAAAGACUUUACUAAUUUAAUUUAGGUUGGCUAUUAGAUAUUAGUAGGUAUUGAUGAAGCUUUUCCAUAUUAAAAAAUGUAAUAUCCUAUUGGACCUACUGCUUAUCAUAUCUCUAAUCUAAAUUUAAUUGAGGGAAAUUCUUAUCAAUUUUUAUCUACAUAUUACGGAUUUCAAUAUACUCCUGUCAAUAAAUUUCAUCUAGUAAAAGAAACAACUUAAACUUAUUCUGAUUAAACAUUUGAUUAUUCCAUUUUUCAUUAUGGUAAAAAUUAAAAUGAAUAUUUGUAGUCCCUGCAGUUUUUUCACCAUGUGCCAGUCUAGAAUUUUUUGUAAAGAAGUAAUAUAUAACUAUUUUUACUCCAAUUCGAUUGAAAUCAGUAAUAAUUACUUAGAAAGAUGAUCCUAAUUCAAUAAAUAACACUUUAAUAAUUGUAAAUUUAGAAUUCUAAAAUUAAAUUAUUAUGUAAUCUGGAAAAUAUAAAAUUAUGCUAGAUAAAUCAAUCUUAUAAAUUAAUAUAAAUAUUUUGAUUAAUUGUAAAAACAUUACUAAAAUUGAAAGUGUAUUUCGAAAAUAGAAAAAGAAUAUUCAAAAUGUAAAUAAAAUGACUUAUGAAUGUGGCUAAAAAUUUAAUUCUAUAAUUUUCAAUUUAACUUUUGCAUAAACAAUUGUUGCUUAUUAAGAAUUAUAUUUAUAAAUUGAAGAAUUUAGUUUAAAUUUACAAUAAUUACUUUACAAUUAAAAAGAGGAACUAAUAGAAUUAUUCAACAUGAAAUUAGAAUGA